UGAACAUUCAGACAUCAGCACGCGGACUCCGGCGUUAUCCAUAGCCCUCAUUUCCAAUAAUCGACCUAUCAUGGCACAGAACGGGAUUAUAGAGAAUGGACAGUCCGAUGGGGGUAUUCCUACAGUUCCGCAACCUGUUCAAAUAUCAGAAGUGAAACAUACUAAGAUUUUUAUCAACAAUGAAUGGCACGCUUCUGUCAGUGGACAUAAAUUCGCGACAUACAAUCCUGCAACAGGUGCAAAAAUCUGUGAUGUGGAGGAAGCUGAUAAAGCGGACGUAGACAAGGCAGUGGACGCAGCGAAAACAGCCGGCCUGAGAGACUCUCCGUGGAGGAAGAUAGAUGUGUCAAGUCGAGGGCGAUUGUUGAACAAGCUUGCCGACCUGGUGGAGAGAGACCGGGCUCUGCUGGCAACUAUGGAGUCAAUGGACACAGGGAAACCAUUCCUGCAUGCUUUCUUUAUUGAUCUUGAUGGUAGUAUCAAAACUCUAAGAUACUACGCCGGCUGGGCAGACAAGAUACAUGGCAAAACAAUGCCUGUUGAUCAAAGUUUCAUGUGCUUUACCAAACAUGAGCCUGUUGGUGUGUGUGGAGCAAUAAUUCCGUGGAACUUCCCUUUGUUGAUGUUUAUGUGGAAGAUUGCCCCGGCCUUGUGUUGUGGCAACACAGUGGUUAUCAAGCCAGCUGAGCAGACACCACUCACAGCUCUCCACAUGGGGGCGCUAGUUAAGGAGGCUGGCUUUCCCCCUGGAGUGGUGAACAUCUUGCCUGGGUUCGGGCCCACGGCUGGUGCGGCCAUAUCCAGUCACAUGGCCAUCGACAAGGUUGCAUUCACCGGGUCUACAGAAGUGGGAAAACUAAUCAAAGAGGCAGCUGCCAGAAGUAAUCUGAAAAGAGUGACUUUGGAACUUGGAGGAAAGAACCCCUGCAUCGUAUUUGCUGAUGCAGAUUUGCAGCUGGCUGUGGAAGAAGUCCAGCAGGGGGCGUUCUUCAACCAAGGUCAGUGCUGCACAGCUGCCUCGCGCGUAUUUGUGGAGGAGCCUGUGUAUGAGGAGUUUGUGCGGCGCAGCGUUGAAAACGCCAAGAAGGUGGUCGCAGGGGACCCCCUUGAUCCACGGACAUCACAUGGGCCACAGAUUGACCAGAAGCAGUUUGAUAAGAUCAUGGAGCUGAUAAAGAGCGGCAAGAGUGAGGGAGCCAAGUUGGAGUGUGGAGGAUCCGCCGUCGAAGAUGGAGGCCUCUACAUUCAGCCCACCGUGUUCUCAGCGGUCAAAGACCACAUGCGCAUCGCCAAGGAGGAGAUCUUUGGCCCAGUGCAGUGCAUAAUGAAGUUCAAAAGCCAAGAUGAAGUGAUCAAGAGAGCAAACAGCACGCAGUACGGCCUGGCUGCAGCCGUGUUCACACGCAGCAUGGACCGCACACUGACCAUGUCUGAUGCUCUGCAAUCCGGCACUGUAUGGGUCAACUGCUACAAUGCUCUUCAUGCUCAGUCACCGUUUGGGGGAUACAAGAUGUCAGGAAAUGGAAGAGAGCUAGGUGAAUAUGCCCUGGCAGAGUACUCUGAAGUCAAGGCAGUGACCAUAAAGCUUACAGAGAAACUCUGAAUGGGGCAGUGGGAUACACUUCUGCUGGGACCAGCUUCGCCAUGGGAUCAGGAGGAAAGCCCGCCUGCGAACUGCUACCCCAACAGCACUUUUCACCUGUGAAAUUCCAGCAUUUAUGGAUUGCAGAGAUAUGUGCUGCAUGCAUAUGGGUUUCCAGAGUGAUGUGCUCAUAUCAACCUGCAUUCAUAUCAUUUAUUUAUAUAAGCAUUAUGCACAUAGAGAAAAUUAUUGUUUAAUGGGAAUGCUGUCAUCUCUGAGGUAAAAAAUGUCUUUGUCCUUUUUCAAAGACAGAAAGAUACUGUGUGCACAUUUCCAGAGAGGUAAUAUUUACCUAUAAUCAACAAGCACCACUGUUCUGGCGCUCUUUAGAGACUUAAGCCUGUUCUGUUAUUCUUACACAAGAGUCAAUUUAGCAUCUAAUUUCAAGUUCAGUUUGGAAAUACUCUACAAAUCCUUGCAAACCAUUAGCAUUUGCAUAAUAUAUUCAUAAGUUUCUUGCUGAACAUUAUGGGUUGAUAAUGCAGAUUGAAAUAUGCCUUGCUCACCAUUUAGGUCCAAGCCUCCAUGGAGAAUAUGAAGAGCCCGUAACGCUCUGAAUUUUCAGAAGCUUUAUCUUAACCCGUACAGAAUAUGCAAGAAAUUAGUGAAUAGAUUAAAUAUAUUUUUAAUAAAUAGAGAUGUGUCAUGAUUAUGUGCUAUGGAAUUGUAUUGUUGUAAUAUUUGAAAUAUGUUUAAUAACCAUAAAAUGUGCAUGUUUUUAAUGUGUACUCUUCCAAGUUAAUAGAUUCAGUCUUUAAUUUUCAGUUUUGUUCCUUUUUAAGGUGGUAAUGGUAUACCUCUUGAGUUAAUUUAAAGAAUGUUUUUAAGUUUUUCAUUUGACAAUAUAAAAGAGCUCUUUUUUGACUAGGCUAUGCUAGGAUCAAAAAAUUCUGGGAUGCACAUAAUCUGACCAUAAACACUACUCUCAUCCAGGAAUAACCAUUACAAAUAUAUUUAACACAUUUUUAGGGAACUGUAAGUGCAAUGAAAUAAGAUCUGUAUAUCAGCAUGGUAUAAAAUUGAUAAACCGGAGAAUAAACAGAAAUUCUUUACAAACUAUUCUAAAA